GUUUCUCACACACACAUUGAUACGACAAUGAAGAUGUGGAAAGCCACGGCAUCUAUUUUAAUAGUGUUGGCGGCAGUUAUGGAGUCAGGGUGUCAAGGCAGAAGUGUGGGCACCGAUUUCAUCCGAACGUCCUGCUCCGCCACCGCCUACCCCACGCUCUGCUACUCCUCCCUCUCCACCUAUGCCACCGCCAUCCAGCAAAACCCUAAGCUCCUCGCCAACGCCGCCCUCUCCCUCAGUCUCGACACCGCAGUCUCCACCUCCGCCGACAUGCUCAAGCUCUCCCACACGGCCGGCAUGACGCCCCGCGAGGUUGGCGCCAUGCAGGACUGCGUGGAGGAGCUCGCUGAGUCGGUCCAGCAGCUCAGAAAAUCAAUGGCGGAGAUGAAGCGGAUCAAGGCCUCCAACUUCCAGACCACAAUGAGCGACGUUCAGACAUGGGUGAGCGCCGCCUUGACGGACGAGGACACGUGCAUGGACGGCUUCGACGGAAAGCUUAUGGACGGCAGCGUGAAGACGACGGUACGAAGGAAGAUUGAAAAUGUGGCGCAUAUGACCAGCAACGCCUUAUCUCUCAUCAAUACCUAUGCUACUCUUCAUGCUUGAAUAUAUCAGUAUCAUAUAUGUGGUUCCAUGUUUAAUUCUAUAUGAAGAGGGUGCAUAUAUAAAUAAUUAAAAAUCUUCAUCGUGUUGU